UUACUAACAGCGAUUUCGGUGCUUGUCCUAAACACCAUGACUUUGCUUCCUGUCCGAACACACAACGAUUGCGAUGCAGACCAUAUACAACGGAUCUUGAGAGGGCCGACACCCCAAGACGACCCUCAGCUGGUGGAGUGGGUUAAGAGCCAGAUGGUGGCGCCCUCUCACCUCGCCUACAACCUCUCCUUCACCAUGACCGGGAUGCAGCAGGAAGCAGAUAUGAAGGGGGCCAGAGCCAUGAUCAGCCCCUCGCAGGAGUUUAUUCUCGAACAAGUUGAGGAAAUAUUUAGCGAAGAUCUGCAAUACCCUCGACUGUUCCUCGAGGCCGGUGCUUACGACGGUGAAUUCCUCUCCAACACGCUGAACUUCGAGUAUGAGUACAAGUGGCGAGGGAUCCUGGUGGAGGCUAACCCCGCCUUCUUCGAGCGACUCCUUCAAAAACGCAGGAAGGCUUGGGCUAUUAACGCAUGUCUUAAUACCAAGCCCUAUCCUUCACGGGAAGCCUUCAUGGUGGGGGCCGAGAACCCAGAAAACGUGAACAGUAACCUCAACGGCGAAGUUAUUCCUGAGUUGGAGCAUCACAUCAGCCUCGGCUCAUCGCGUCUGGCUCAGUUUGACAACAAUUACACGCAGACGGAAGGCAAGACAGAGGUACAGUGCAUACCCCUCUACACCAUAGUCAGGGCCAUGGGCAUCACACACAUUGAUUUCCUGUCACUAGAUGUCGAGGGGGCCGAACUUGGCAUUCUAGACACAGUGCCUUGGGAUAAACUCUCGUUCAAGGUGAUGGCCAUAGAAUCGAGACAUCCAAGUAAGCUGAUCCCAUUUCUAGAAGAGAGGGGCUACCAGCACAUUAAAAGCCACCUAGCUGACCACAUCUUUAUCGCGAAGAAGAAUGUUGUGGUCAAUAUGAGCAGUUUCCACCGUGUGCUCACAUAG